CACUAGCAUACUGGAUUUGUAUUGGGGGUGGACGACGGAGGGGAUCCUGUAGUCACUGAGGGUGAUAGUGACACUCGAUAUCUGGAGGAGAUAUUGAACGUUGUCGAGUACACCGUGUCGUUGACAGGGUUGGAGAAAUCUUUGUUGGAGUGCGUUGAGGCAGACAGCCUAUUUCUGAUUAAAUUUUCUUUGGUGGUCAUAGGGACAGUCCUUGCGCCGAAAACGGGCUGCGAUAUCACUUCGGGGUACUUGCACUCCCUUAGGGUUACCAGGGACAUUCGCCACAAUAACUGGGCAACUGUCGGGUUCAGGUAUCUGAUGAACUCAAUUUUUUAGAUUCUGAAAUAAGGCAACGAAGAAUGUGUCUGGCUGCACCUUAUUCCUCCAGUUGGUGUACUUGACUCACGUGGAGUGGAACUUUGGAUAUGUCGACCGAACAGUGCUCCCCGUUGAUUUUUGGGGUAGUAAACAAUGUAAGUCCGCUUACAAAUUUGUGAAAGACAAUGGGGGUCCCAACAGUGACAAGGUACAUCGAAUUUUGGUUAUAAUGUGGUAAUGUGAUUUCAGUUGAUAUUAAUUAUUUUGGGUUUGAAAAAUUAAAUUUGUUAACCGUUGUUAUGUUUAACAGAUAACGCUCACUUCGAAUCCCGUAAUAUUGCCCAACUACUACUCCGACUCGGAAGGAAGAAAGAGCAGUGACCACUUUGUUAGCUCUAUCAACGAGUUGAAGGAGUACUUCUCCAAUGAGUUAAAGUCUCAGUUGAGAUCAUUUUCUUUGAAAUUUAUGGACAAAGGAGAAGGUGUAGGUGGUAUUGACCGAGAGUUGGAGGAGGAUGCUGCUGCGAAAACGGGGAAGAAGGCGGAGUGCAGCCAGGCCGUGGAGGAGUCCCCGUUGAAGUCCCCUGUCCGUUCGAAGACUAAUGUUGUUGGUCUAUCCGAGGAAAAUGUGGUGGAAUCUGUAAGUACGCCUUCACUAUCUGCUACAAAAUCUGUUGAAGAUGAAGGUGCUGCACAUAAGACCUUCGACGAUGAGGACUUUGAUAUAGUCGAAGUGGCAUCUUUCUGGAAUAAAGGCAAAGCCCUCGUCAAAUCAAAGAAGACACAGUCGGAGAAUGUGCCUUUAAUUGAGGAUGACUUCAACGAUAAGGCCUAUGAGCAAUUUAUUGAGUCGGGCAGAACUGUUGUCGGGCCUUUCAAGACGAAGGAAGCGAUCCCCCGUAACCAAUAUGGGUUUUACAAGUUUGUUUUUAGCAACACAUUAGAUCCGGGGUAAGUAAAUGUUAUUUUCGUAUUUCUCAUUAUCAUAUACUUGUAGAAAUUUUUAAUAACAGUUACAUUGAUUACAAUUGAAUCAGAUAUGUGCUUGCGAAAUUUCGAAAGUUUGAAGUGGAUAGGAGGUGCAUGGCAUCGUUGCGACCGUUGCGAGAAGUUGAGGGAUCCGUAACUGUCAAAGUAGUUACUAAAUAUGUAUCAUUUAUUGUACAUGUGUAAAUCAUAUUUCAUUUUGUUGCAAAUCAUUGACUGUUUUUCUAUACUAAUGAACAAGUACGAACGUGAUAGUCGAUUACCUGACCAACCUCGUGUUUGGUACAUGCCCACUCGCAUCUCGGUAAUUGCUUUGCUGUACAACUUAUUUUAAAUUUUGUAAUUCAGUUUGGUUGUAAUUUCUGUUACUUGACAAGAUGAACAAUGCUUUUGCAGCAAAAAACUCUCGGUUCGUUUAAUGUGAAGAGGAUUGCGAAAGACCGGGAGUGGUCAAAACUGUUUAACGAAGACAACUUCG